AUGUUCGGAUCUACUUCUCGCCUCAUCCUGGGGAUGCUCAGCUGUGUGGCCCUCCUGCCCAGUCAGGCUUUGGCAGCACACCAGCACGUUGGUCACCGUCACCAUCAUCCCAUCAAUCCCACCCAGCAACCCCAGCCCAGCACCCUCAUCACUAUCGCUCAGGGCACCGCUCCUACUGAAGCCCCUUCCGCAUGCUACUGGGCCCCAUCUGCAGUAUCCUCAGUAAUUGCCUCCGCCUCCGCCUCUGCCGCCGCGGUAGUCGAGAGCAACAUCACCGCAAAGGUCAUCAUCCCAUUCUACGUCUAUCCCGAAGCUGGCGCCUGGACCCCCAUGGAAGAACUCGUCGCGGCUUUCCCCAACGUCCACUUCACCAUUAUCAUCAACCCCGACAGCGGUCCCGGCUCCAGCAGUCUCCCUGACAGCAACUUCCUGACCGCCGUUCCCAGGCUCACCAGCUACAGCAACGUGCUCGCCAUCGGCUACGUCCCGACAGAAAAGGGCACCCGCUCCAUUUCGGAUGUCGAGAGCGACAUCAAGACUUACGCCGGCUGGCCCUCUGCAUCCGGUAAUUCUUCUUUUGCCGUGCACGGCAUCUUCCUCGAUGAAGCCCCCAACGCCUAUAGCGAGGAGCUGGUCUCAUACUACCAGCAACUCGCCAAUCUCAUCAAAGAGAGUUCCGGCCUAGGACCGGAGAACUUUGUCGUGACCAACCCCGGCACAGUCCCUGACUCGGCCUACCUCACCAUUCCCGACUCCACCGUUGUCUUCGAGUCGCCCUACGACUCGUUCCUAGACGCCGUGUCGGAAGACUCAUUCUCUGCCAUCAGGGGCGGCAAUCACAGUGCCCUGGCUACGAUGGUCUACUCCGUUCCGGAUACCGUGCAUCUCCCGACGCUGAUUAGCCAGGUCGGGAACAUCUCCGACCAGAUCUUCCUGGGAAAUACGAGUUCGUAUACCGUGUAUAACUCGUACAUGAACCAGGUCAUUCCGUUGUUGUUGCCUGUUUCUUCUUGA